CACACCUCACACACUCUCUCUCCCUCUUUCUUCCUCAGAGCAGAAACAAAGAGAGAGAUGAGGAAAAGUUCAUGCUUCAAGAGGGAAGAAGAAGAAGAAGAAGAAGAGCAGCAAGAAACUAGUGAAUCCAGCAGCAAAACUUCGACAUCAUCGGUGGCGGUCGGUCUGAGGAUGAUCCUCACCCAACAGACCAAACUGCCCUCUAAUGUUGUUGUCAAACAUAAUAAGUUGUCGACCACAAACAGUGUUCCAACAGUUCAUCAUCAACCAAUUAGGGCCUCCCUUGAUGAUUUCAACUGCUAUCUCCAAUCUUGCCAACUCUGCCACAAGAAACUAUGCCCGGACAAAGAUGUUUACAUGUACAGGGGUGAUCAAGGAUUUUGCAGUGAAGAGUGCCGGAAUAGGCAGAUUCUCAUGGAUGAUAUGAGAGAACUAGAGGCCUCCACCAGGAAAUUGUUAGCUUCUAGGCAUUGUUACUCGGACGGCCCGAAGAGCGAGACCCGGCUACUUCUUGAGGAACAACUACAGCGACGGAAUCAGAUCCCCGUCCGUAAAACUCGGGCCAUAAUCUCAUAGAAGUUUAUGCAGAAUCUGAUAGUUUUUUUCCCAACAAGAUAUAAAGAAAUCGAUCAAUUAAUUAACAGCAAGAAUCAAUUUUAUAUAAAACUCGCAUACAUUCGUUCGCCCCCGAAGAUCGAUUAAUGUACCCAUAAAUUUUCAAUCAGAUAAAUUUCUGUUUAGUUUCACUAAGGAUAUAUAGGUGAUAUGAUUUCAUAUUUUUCUGUAUGGCUCGGAUAAGAGAGAUAUAGGAGAGAACAAGGAGAACAAAUAUCUUGUAACAGUCUCUACUCUCUUUACUAAAUGUUAAACCUGUCUUGUUCGAUCUUUUUUGAUUUU